AUUAUCAUAUUAUUAUAGUGCAUAAACUACCCAGUUCGAAUGUGGACAGAACAUGUUCAAUCAAAAACGUUUAAAUCUUGUGAUGGAUUUAAAAACUGGAGUGUACUAUUUUUAGUUUAGAACCUUGGGUUCUAAUAAAAAAUAUUUGUGAAAUCAUCUUCGAUUAACAAUACAACGGUUCACAUUCAUUGCUUUUCGUGAAUUGAAACUUACAAAAUAUGGCGACCGAACAUUGGACAUUUUGUUUGUUUACAUUGUGUUUGUAUAUAGGUUUAUUAGCAUGUAGUCCGUGCAAUUUCACUUCAGAAUUGAACACUGAGAAGAAAUUGAACGAAUCCAUUUAUGGAUCUGAUGGAGCGAUAAUGUUUAUGUUGGAAGGACCUCAGGACAAUUGCUACAUUGAUUUAGAUUUUGUGUUUGAGUUUAUUCAUAACAACACGCAAGAGACUGCAAUGAAGCAUGAAAAUACUACAAAAGAAGUCCUCCUGAAAGAAUACGAGUUUGUCUGUUCGAGUAGCAUAUCCGUACAUUUUUUCACGAAAAAUUCAACAUUUGAUACAACUUCCCGUCAUGCAAACCUGUUUGUGGCACUUUUGUUAGGCGUAUGCUCAGUUUAUUUGGAGGAAUUAUCUUUGAUUGCAAAAUAUGGAACUAUUUGGUCGAUCGUUCAAAGUGACGCUCUGAUACAUGUUCCGUCACAGAAAACAAGUUGUACAUUUGCUAAGCAAUUACGAAUAAUUCAUUCAAAAAUAGACUGCGUAUCUGAGACUAAGUUUUUCUGGGAAUUUUGCGAUGAGGUUUUUGAAAAGGUAAAUAUCUUACAGCUAGAAGCAUGUGCGACAAAGCAUGUAAAUAUAGAAGCAGAAACUUUGAUCCAAAGGUUUCCGGAGGUUCAAGCGUUACAGCUUAAUAACAUUGACUUGUCUACAAAAAUGACGUUUCCUUGGACUGACAUGUAUGCUGAUUCCGCAAAUAUCAGAACAUUUAUAUCGAGCGAUGCUGAUAUGAAUAAAUCAGUAUCUAGCAUGGGACGAGAUUUUCGAAUAUACAACUCGGACAUUGUUAACAUGGUUUGUCUGAAUGGAAUUAUUUCAAACAUUGUGAUAAACAAUGCAAAUUUUAACUCAAAUCAAAGUGAGAUAUUUAGAAAUGUUACUGGACUCUACAAGGUGGAAAUUUCUAACAACACAAUGACAGAAAUCAACGCAUUCUUGUUUAGAAACCAGACAGACAUUAAAAGCAUCAAUUUACAACAGAAUCAACUAAAUACUAUCCCAGCAAACAUUUUUGAAGACCAACAUCAUUUGCUGUUUCUCGACCUGUCUUUUAAUAAUUUGUCUUCGCUAGAUCGAAACCUGUUGAAAAAUCAACAAUUUCUACAAGAGCUUCAUCUAGAAAACAACCGACUACCAGCAUUGCCGCAUGAUUUUCUGAAAGAACAAAUAGGUUCUCUUAAGUUUUUGUACUUGUAUUCGAACCCGAUUAAGACAAUCCCAGUUAUGCCUUUGUACGGAGCACGUAUAGAGAUAAUUGAUGUACACGGCAGCGAAAUUACGGGAGAAAGCCUGAUAAAUCUGGCCAACAAUAUCAAUAUCUAUGAUUUUCUCAAAGGAAUAGCUGACCACAGAGAGUCAAAGUCAAGUACAAAAGAUAGAGGAGAGUCUCUCCAACGACCUCUUCUUGAUUUGUCAUUUUGCAAUAUAAGAGAUAUUCACUUGAACUUAAAAGUAAAAAACAAGAUGUCGAUGGGUAUAUUGGUGUUAUUUAAAACAUUUAGCAUUAAAGGUAAUGGAAACCCGUUUAAAUGUAACUGUGGACUGUAUGCCAUAAGACUUCUAUUUACAAUUAAAGAAACACAAACAUUAAAAUUGGACUGGGUUUGUGAAUAUCCAGAGGAACUUAAAGGAAGGAAAGUAACUAGUCUAACGGACAGAGAUAUAUACUGCCCCAUCAAUGUUACCGACUGUCCGAGAUUGUGUAUCUGCUAUAUGAGGUACGAUUUUAGUUCAUUGAUUGUUGACUGCCGAAAUAUCAAUAUGUCAAUAUUACCGCCUGUAAUGCCAAAAGUACCCUUGGAAUUAUGGUUCAAGAACACAAGUCUUCUGAAACUAGAUCAAAGGGACUAUUUGGUAAACGUAUCUGUUUUGGACAUUUCUGAAAACAAACUAACUCGUUUUCAACCACUAACUGCGUCAAAGUUACAAAAUGUCACCAUUUUGAAUAUAGAAAACAAUCACUUUACAUCACUUCCGGUACAAAUACGAUACACAAACAUUAAAAGUAUAUAUUUAGACGGGAAUCCAUUAAAGUGUGACUGUCACACAAAGUGGAUGAAAGCCUGGCUACACAACAGAUCGUGCCCAGUCAUGGAUUGGAACGCUAUACAAUGUACAGACAACGCUAAGAGGGUCAAUACAUUUGUUACCACUCCAGAUUCUGUAUUCGUAUGCCCGGAGAUUGAAACACCAAGUAUUGCAGAGCACGUGGUAAUCCCGUCAACCAUUAUUGGAUCUUUUGUGUUUAUAAUCCUUAUUCUGUCCCUAACUAUCUACUUCCAACGGUUUACAGUUAGAGUCUUACUUUAUAUGAUAUUUGGAGUGAGAUUAUGCUAUAGACUUGAUAAUGAUCAUGGCGAUGUGAAAUAUGACAGUGUUGUUAUUUACGACAAAUGUGAUCAAAACUUUGUCAACAGAAACGUUAAAAGUCAUCUCAAAGUACUGAACUACGGCGUAGCCGAUAUUUACGACCACUCUGUUAUUGGAUUAACAUUUAUUGAUGGAAUUAAAAAGUUGAUUUGUAAUUCAAAAGUUACAAUAUUCUUUCUGACAAAAAAUAGUUUAGAUAACGACUUGAUUAUAACUUUAUGGAACAUUACCUCUGAACGAGUUUUCAAAAGAAAUUUAGACUCUAUUAUACUAGUACUAGACAAAGAGUUUCGGGAAAAAUAUACGGAGGAAAAUAUGCGUUUGUACGUCAAAGCUGGUAGAUACAUCAAAAAGGAUUCAUCACUAUUGCUUAAAAGUAUACAAUAUCUAAUGCCACCUCAAAAACCUCUUAACCAGAACCUGGAAUCUAAUGAUAAUGAAUUAGACUUUGAGGAUAUUGGAGCAGGCGAUGUGUAUUUAACAGAACAAAAUCAUCGAAUCACUGCGAACACUUUUGAUGAAUUCUCUGACGAGAGGCAACCUGACAUUUUUAUAGUUUUUCCUGAUGUAAUCGACGAAUUACACCAACUUGUUAGGUAUACCAUAAUACCAUAUCUUCUUGAGAGAAACCAAAGAGUUAGUGUUCUUCAAGAUGAUUUUGUCUUUGGUGAAGAUAUCAGGAUAGGCAUAGAAAGUAGACUUAAUAAAAUGAAACAUGUGGUCUUUAUUUUAUCGGAGGAAAUUUUGGAGGAUGAAGUCUUGCAGUACAUCCUGUGCGCAAUUCUUACCAAAGCAUUUCUGCGUAGCGGUAAUUAUUUGCUGCUUUUUACAUAUGGUCUGAUUGAUGAAAAUAAAAUGCCGGAGAACUUGAAGAAAUUUAUAAAUAGCCAUAUAACAGCCAGUAUUAGUGAUACCAACUUUAAAGACCGAAUGCUAGAAGCUAUAACGUUCGAGGAAAACCAAGACAUUGACAAUGAGGAUACAGAAAGUGUAGCAAUAGAGAACUGUGAAGAUGAUGAAAAAUUAAUCUAAAAUUUUUAGAAUGAUAUGCUUAAAACAAGGUGUUGUUGUCUUGGAUUGGUAAUAGAUUAAGAAAUAUUCUAUACAUCAGAUACAUACAUCUUGCUAAGCAAAUAAGUAGUUUUCUUUUCACCUUUAACAUAUAGAUUGGAAAAUAUUGUUGUAGGACGUUUGUGAAGUUGGCAGCCUAGCAGCCUAAAGAAAAUUUAGAAUCGUACAAACAAGAAAACUGCCGGAAAUGUAUUAUUAGCACUUCCUUAGAUCAUUCCACGCAUCUUUUCAAUAUCGUGAUCUUUAUUUUUUAAGAUGUUGAACUUUAUUUUUUAUUGUAACCAUUCCACGCUUUUUUCCGUCCGUCUGUCUCGUCUGUAUUUUUCCGCUCAAAUACCUUGAACCUUUGAUAUUCAAUCGUACAUUUCCUAUAAAAAUUAUAUGGUGACAGCAUGUGUUAGCACAUGAUUUAAGAAAGAGUCACUUUAAGAUAAAAAAGUUUUACUAUUCUUUUCAUAUUUAAUUAUUUACUAUGUUUAAUUACAAGCAAUUGUUAAUGUAGCUUUAGUUGAGGAUUUUCAUGUUCGAACUAUGGUAACUGGUUGACGCCAUUUCGUAUUUUUGCGCUUGCACAACAAAAUGUAAAUAAAAAUGCUAAAACACGAAAGGACGACGAAGUGACGAUGAAGUAAAACUUUGUCGUGUUUUCGUGCUUUCUAUUUUCGAGUAGUUUUGCGACAUUCAAAGGGGCGACAAUUUCACAAUUAGUUUCCGAAUUUUUGCGGCGAAAAAAUCUAAGAUACAACAUGUCGUACAUCACUCACCAUACCAUCAUACCUUUUAUGAAUGGAUACAAUUUUAGGAUGGUCUAAUGACACCGUGUACACAUUUUGAAAUAGGAAGUUCAUCUUGAUAUUUGAUACAGGGUUUAAUUUUUGUUGCUAUGGAAAAUGUGAAGAAACUGUAAUUUCUCAUUGAGAUAAGAUAUCAAAAUAUUUAUACUUUAUGUUAGUGUUGCACGGUGUUUUUUUAUUAUUUUCUUCAUACAGCUAAAUAUAAAUCAUGCCUUGAAACAGACCUUCUUUGAUCAUAAAAUACAUGCACAAUUGUGUAUUAAGACUUUGUUUAUUUC